CCCUAAAACUCAUUGCUUUCCUCACUUUCAAAACAAGAAAGGGGAAAAAAAAAAAAGUCACUCAGAGAAAACUACAGAGAGAGAGAGAGAGACUUCUGCAACACACUUUCUCCACCAAAGUAUUGAUUCUUGAACACCCUUUGUUCACCAAAGCAUUGAUUGUUGCAGCUCUCAACAAAUGGUGAAGACAGAGCAGAAGAAUAACCCAGAGCCAUCAAAACAAAUGCCAUCAAUAUCAGCAUCAGCAUCAGCAAGCAUAAAGAAGAAAUACAAGGGUGUAAGAAUGAGGAGCUGGGGUUCUUGGGUAUCUGAGAUAAGGGCACCAAAUCAAAAAACAAGAAUAUGGCUAGGAUCUUAUUCCACACCAGAAGCAGCAGCCAGAGCCUAUGAUGCUGCACUUCUAUGCCUCAAAGGCUCCAAAGCCAAUCUCAACUUCCCCAUCACUUCCUCCUCUCAUUACAUUCCUCAAGAUACCAAUAGUAUUUUGUCACCCAAAUCCAUACAAAGAAUGGCUGCAGCUGCUGCAAACAGUUAUGUAGCCGAUGCUGCCACCCCACCAUCCCCUCCUUCCCCUCCUCGCCUUCCUCCUCCUCCUCCUUCCUCAUCAUCAUCAGUCUCGUCUUCAGCCAUGUCCUCAUCACCAUCCGAUCAGCUCGAUGAUGAUUUCUCUCUAAUGCCAUCCUUUGAUCAGGUCAAUGAGCCAACGGCCGUGACGGAAUCGGCCUGGUACAACUUGGAAGACCUGCAAUCACCAAAAUUCCUUGAUCAACUGCUUAAUGAUUCCUUGUUUGAUCCACCAAUGUUUAAUUAUCUGUACGAAGAAAGCGAUAUUCGUCUAUGGAGCUUCUGCUGAAAAAAGAAGAAGAAGAAGAAAGAAAUCAUUCUUUUGUCCAUUCAAAGACAUUGCUGACAGUGACCAAAUAUUCAUUUAUUCUGUUAUAUUCUGAAUUAGGAGAAGUAAAAUCCACCGGGAGAUGAAACAUUUUUUGGACUUUCCCCUGUAAUUGAAUUUCUAUGUAUUAAGAGUAUGUAUGAUUCGUUCAAAGUGUGUCCAUAUUAAUAAUUAUUUAUGGGUUUCUGUUGUAAUGAAAGAAUAGGUACAAAAUUAUUAUAAUUUCUUGAUCAA